AGGUGAAACAUAGCCUCUUUCUUAGAUAUAGAGUUAAAACAUUCCGCUCUAAACCCAAUCAGAAUCCAAACGGCCCAAAAAAUCCAAUUAUUAUACUUAUGUCUGUUUAAACCCCAAAUUCAAAACCACGAUUCCGCCUUUUCUGUUUUGAGACGGACAGCGGGAGAGCAUGAGAGAGACCGAAGCAAUGGAGACGAAGAGUCCAUCCACGUUGACCAUCCGGCGAAACCCUUAUAGGAAGGCUAGGGCUACGCCGUUAACCGUUUCCUCUCGACUUCCCUCCCAUUCCACUUCAUCCUCUAAAUUACCUCAAAUUUCUUCUUUUCCAAUCCACGACAUUCUUUCCGAAGAAAUACCCCCAAACCCUCCGCCCACCGUAGCCGCCGCCUCCCCGUCACGGUCGCAAGACAUGAUCUCCGAAAACCUCAAAGUCUAUUUGAGAAUUCGUCCUCUCGUGCCUCUUAAAAGUUCGACAAAAAUUGUAGGAGAUCAAAAUCCAAGGUCCAGGCCGAAAAACGUAUGGCCUCAGGUCUCAUCGAAAAAGAAUAGCGUAAAAGAGAAGAAAAUUUCAAAGAAGAAAAGUAACGAGAGUUGUAUUAUGGUUAGCGAUGAUUUUCACUCGGUUACUUUAUCACCUCCUUUGCCUCUACAAGAAACCAAACGGAUCAAAUCGGAGGUCUACGAAGGGUUCUCUCACGUGUUUUCAACUGAGUCAACUCAGACUGAAGUGUACGAGAAGAUGGUGAACCCUUUGGUUGAAGAUUUCCUCAGGGGUAAAAGCGGUAUGUUGGCGGCAUUGGGGCCAACCGGCUCCGGCAAGACUCAUACAGUUUUUGGUAGUCCGAGGGAGCCUGGCAUGGUUCCUUUAGCCCUCCAAAGGAUUUUCAAGCCUGAUCAAGAGUGGCGAUUUUACUUAUCGAUUUUUGAAAUAUGUACCGAGCGAGGUAAAUCCGAGAGGAUAUCUGAUUUGACUUCAGAUGGACCGGAUUUGUCUAUGCAACAAUCAGCAAUUAAAGGGCUUCAGGAGGUUAUUGUUAAUGAUGUUGCGGAGGCAGAGCUGUUAAUAGCUCGUGCUCUGCUGAAACGUUCAACGGCUAUGACAAAUUCCAACAGCCAGUCAAGCCGGUCACAAUGCAUCAUCAACAUUCGAAGAGGAACUAACAGGUCUGAUGCAGAAACUGAUGAGCAAUCAAAUUCUGCUAUUUUAUCUAUUGUUGACCUUGCUGGAGCUGAAAGAGAAAAACGAACAGGGAAUCAGGGAGUAAGAUUGGCUGAAAGCAAUUUUAUCAAUAACACAUCGAUGGUUUUUGGUUUAUGCCUCAGAUCCUUGUUGGAGCACCAAAAGAAUCCAAAGAAGGCAUUGCAGAAGCACUUCCAAAAUUCUUUGCUGACAAGGUACCUGCGAGAUUAUUUGGAAGGCAAGAAGAGGAUGACAUUGAUUUUAACCGUAAAAUCCGGAGAAGAAGACUAUCUGGACACAUCGUACUUGCUAAGACAAGCUUCACCAUAUAUGAAAAUCAAGUUCACCACCAUUGAGGCACAACCCAAUUUGCUUUGCAACAAGAGACAAUUCCAAACACUUUCUAGAACUGAGCAGCCCAAAAGAAUGAAACUUGGCAACCCUGAUGCCUCAAUGAUUGAAGGAAAGAUUGUUGGAGAUGAAAACCAGCUUCCUAAUGAAGGGAACCUGACACACUGCAGUGCAGACUUAAAAAAUAGUAGACCUCAAAACAUGAAUUCUGAUGACUUGAUGAAGAGGGAGAGAACUCAUCAGAUCACGCAAAGUUUUGCCAAAGCUUUAUGGAGUGUUUUGAAGCAACAUAAUGAAAAACUGAAGGUGGCAGAGAGUGAAAAUCAGAUUCUAAGAGAAAAUCUUAGAAAUGAGAAGAAAAGAUCUAGUGAGAUGCAGAAAGAGCUGAAGAAUUUGAGAUCCUGCUGUACUUGCUCCAAGGGCAAUUCAGUGGCAUCAAUUGUCGUAAAAGUAGCUGAGAAUUUUGAGUCCAUGCUGCAUUUGGGAGGACAGACAUCUUGUGGCAUUGAUGAGACAAAAUUGGAUUUCGAUUCUUCCUAUCACAUCAAAUCUGAAUGCAGUAGCAGUCCCAGAAUAUUAGACUCAACUCCAGGAGAGGAUCAAACUAAUGUGAAAGUUUAUUCUCCCGACUGCAAGUGCUCACCAGAAAAAGGUAAACAUUUUCCAAGACAGCAACAGGACAUAUGUUCUCAGGUAAUAAGUCACAAUACUUCUUCAAACUUGAGCGGGCUUGAAUGUUUUGAUGAUAAGCAAGAGCCUGAGGCCAUGGACGGAUUUGAUUUCCUCGAUGGUCAGGUAAGAGGUUCUGAAGAGGUUGCUAGUUCUCAAAGCAUUUGUUUUUCAAAUGAUAACUGUCAGAGUUGUCAGAUACUUGAAAGCUUUGCUGGGGCUGGAAAUAUUCAAGAUAAUUCAAGUGAGUCAAAUUAUGCAGUUACUGAGCAUCUUGAUCCUAAUUCAGAUGUACCAGGUUUUGCAGUCAGCAAUUUGGGCAAUGACAGCGGUACAUCCAAGCUGCCAGGUCAACAGCUUGGUGAAAACGAUGAGGACUCAUUGGAUCCGGUGGUAUCAACUAAGGAUGUUGAACAUUCUCAACAGCAAGAUGCUGUUGAUGUUCCUGAGAGUGAAAUAAGACCUGAUACCUCCUGCAAUUCUUUAAAGAAAGAAAAACCAAAAAGGAGACUUUUACCUGCAUCAUCCAUUCUAGUGAGAGAAAUCAGCACUUUUGAUGCUGAUGAGUUAGACAAACCAAGGGGGAAUGGAGGUGUAAAGAACUUGGAUGCUCCUGAAAGGCAAAGAACUCAGGGCAGCAUCUCUCUACUACGCUUACUUAAGAGCAAUCUUCAUUCUUUAGUAUAGCACCUUUCAUUGUUUUAUGUAAAGCUUGCUUUUCUUUUUUGUUUGUCCUCUAUAACUAUAUAUAAUUUGGGCAUUAGUUAUUAUUGCUUAAUGGUCUGCACCCACAAAAUUCAAUGGUCUGGGAUAGAUACCCAAAAAAUAUAGUUUAGAUUUUCAUUCCAAAAUAAUGGUGGCUCUUCAAGAAGUUUACCUCACUCAAUAUGCUAUUCGGUGGAGCUGUAAAUCUAGUUAGGCGUACUUUCAAAGGGCGGCUCCAAAGUCCAAAGGGAAAGCAAGAGGAGCUUUGCUCUGAUUAAUAGGUUUGUGGACUCACUUGGACUGAGUUUUGGGCCAUUUACAAUGGCCUCAAUUUUUCGAACCAGUUGACCCAAUUGACCAACC